GCGACCGGGCAUGGCUUACCUGGCGUUCUCUGUCUCGUUUCACCCCCUCCUCCUCUCUCUCGCGCGCGCCGCCGGUGAACUGAAUUUCAGCUGAAGGGAGAGCAGCUAGCUAUGGAGCCACGGGCAUCAGUCACAUCCUUCAAGGACAUCCCAGUACGCCGAUGGAGCCUGCGUUCCAGCUGCAGUCUACCUUAUGGCUCUUUUGCAAACAGCCUGGCGUCUCUCGCACCCGAUGCUGAGGAGAAACCUGCCAUAUCGCCCAAGCGCGCCUAUGUCACUAUGUUUGUGCUUUGCUACGUCAACUUGCUCAACUACAUGGAGCGGUACACAAUAGCAGGCGUCCUUACAGAUAUUCAAAAAUUCUUUGAUAUAAAGGACAGCACCGCUGGACUUCUGCAGACAGUUUUCAUCUGCAGUUUUCUCCUUUUGGCCCCUCUCUUCGGUUACCUUGGCGACCGCUACAAUCGCAAAUACAUCAUGAUUGGCGGCUUGAGUGUCUGGCUUUUGACUGCAACCGCCAGCUCUUUUGUCAAUGAAUCGCAAUUCUGGCUUCUCGCCCUGCUGCGAGGCUUGGUCGGGACCGGAGAAGCCAGCUAUUCCACCGUCGCUCCGACCAUCAUAAGCGAUCUCUUUACUGGGGGCAAAAGGAGCAUCAUGAUCUGCAUCUUCUACAUCUUUAUCCCUGUCGGAAGCGGUCUUGGGUAUAUAACAGGGCGUGGCUUUGCAUCUCUCACAGGGGACUGGCACUGGGCUCUGAGGAUCACACCCAUCAUGGGCGCAGUGGGACUCAUUUUGAUGAUCGUUUUGUGCCCCAACCCGCCGAGAGGUGCUGCAGAAACCCACGGAGAGGGUGUGACUGAGCAGAGCUCUUACUUGGAGGAUGUCAAAUAUCUUCUGAAGAAUAAAAGUUACGUGUGGUCAUCGUUGGGAGUGACGGCCCUGGCCUUCCUCACCGGGGCGCUGGCUUUCUGGCUGCCGAACUUUUUGUCCCGAGCUCGUGUCUAUCAGAAACUCAGCGACAAACCAGGUGACUCCUCGGACAGUUACAUCUUUGGUGCUGUAACGGUGGCCACGGGCAUUCUGGGCGGGGCUCUCGGCACUAGUUUAUCCAGACGGUUUAGAGACAAGGUGCCAAAUGCUGAUCCACUCAUCUGCGCCGUGGGCAUGCUUGGAUCAGUGCCGUGCCUCUUUAUCACCAUCUUUGUGGCAUCAGCAAGCAUUCCCGCCACUUACGUGUUCAUUUUCUUGGGCGAGCUGCUGCUCUCGUUGAACUGGGCGGUCUUGGCUGACAUACUGCUGUAUGUUGUCGUACCAACAAGGAGGGCGACAGCGGAGGCUCUGCAGAUUACAGUCGGACAUCUGCUGGGUGAUGCUGGGAGCCCUUACUUAUUAGGAGUGAUCUCUGAUGCUAUAUACCCAGGUAGCCCCGACAGGAACUUUGACAGUUUGAAGUACAGCCUGCUGCUCUGCCCCGUGGUCGGGAUUGUCGGGGGAGUGUUUUUCGUCGUUACUGCCGUCUACAUUGCUGAAGACAGGAAAGCAGUGCAGCAGCUGCUUGGAGAGGAACCCCAACCACCGCAGCAUCCUGCACCUGAGCCCUCGGUGGAGCUGAGCAACAGGGGAAAUGUGUAACGUCUUGCAAAACGAGUCAUGCAAUGAAUGUUAAGUUAUGAGGCCCUGUUACACAGACGAACGGCUUUCAGUCUGUGCAGUGUUUAACACCACUUUUAAACGAGAGUCCGUUUCCGUUUUCACCUCAGUGUAAUCUCACAGGAGAAGUUUGUCUUUUAAAAUGGUCACAUUGUUACCUCACAGCUCUCUGCAGUAGACUUGAAACGUGAAUGCAGUUGUAUUUUUCACUCUAAAUGUUGUUGGUUAUAUUUCUAUUAAAUUUUCAAGCAAAACCUGCUCUCGAGUGUUGCUGAGUUACUCGCGCGUGCUUCAGUCUGCCAGUCGAACUAAAAUAAUAAGCUGACACUAAAAUCUCAGUAUUUCAAAGAAGACGUGUCUUUGACAAUACUUCCAAGGAUCAUCACUGAAGUGACUCACUUAUUUUUAAUGCAAAAGAGGAGCAUGUGUGGUUUGUACGGUGAAGCUUAGCUGCUCAAUUCUGUCUACUGACCAGCAGGGGGCGACUUGAUCUGACAAAAUGAAAAUGAUAUAAAAGUAUAGAGUGUUGUCUGUGUUAUUAAGUACCACGAGUGUCUUGUGUUGUUUCUCGGUCAGAGUCGACCCUCAUCUGGUUUAAAGAAGAAAAGCACCAACAACACGGUGACAGGCACAAUGCUCAAACCAAGAUGAUGACAGGCCAUCAUUUAUAUACAGUUUGAUAGUAUGGUCCAGAGGAGGAAUAAGUGGACGAGUGGUUCAAUGAAGGAAAGAAGCAGAAAACAAAACUCUGUCAUAAAGUAUUUUCUGCUUUAAAAAACAAAGAAAAAAGCAAAACAAAAAUGUUUGGAUGCCUUUCAGAGAAAAUGCUUCUGUCUGACAUGAAGCAGGAGGCUGAACUUGGUGUUCUGUUAGGCCGUUAUCCAUCUAGUUUUAUGUUCUUGAUGACUGAUGAUGAUAUGACUCCUUUUGCUGACGCUCAUCUGUGGAAGAGCUCCAAAAACGUGCCCAAGUAUUCACAGCGAGUAUCGUCACAUUAACCUUGACUAUCCUAACCAACGAGCAGCUGCUCCUCCAGAGAUGAGACCAUAAAAUAAGCACAUGAUGGAUUUAAAGAUGGAGGAACAACAUCCAGGCUGAAUGCAAAAAUACUGGGACAGCUUUGGUUGUUUAACAAAAAGCUUUCCAGUGUUUGUCCACUAGAUGGCACCUCUGCAUUAUUCUUAAAAACGCUCCCAGGAGGGAGUCUCCUCCAUCAGGGUGGCAGUAUGGAUUUAGCAGAUGUUCACUGAGACCUCGUGGACCUGGCGUGGAAGUGUUCAUGUCUGAGCGCACACAGUGAGCAGUUUUGCUGUACUGAUGCAACUGUGGGUAAAUAAGCCUGUUGUUGGGAAACCAUUUGUAAGUCUGUGUCACCCAGCCUGGCAAAGUUUCCUUUAAGGCUGAUAUAAUCAUACUGACAAUGUGAAUUAAGAGCAAACAAAGAGCCCUGGGAACUGACCAGGUAAGCAAACUGGUCAGAUUCCACAGCAUGUCAAACCCAACAAUGCACAGGACCCCAACACGUCUGUUGCUCGGGACCACAGGACACCUUCAAUGUCCCCUCUCCAUCUCAACAAGCACCUGCUGUUUGGUCCCACAAGAGGGCGCUACACAACAAUAGUUUUAAUGGUUCUGAUGAUGCAGCUGGUCGUGUAUAUGUGCAAAUACACAGUUCAGGAAUGUAAUACAAACCCACACACCUAAUGGACAUACAUACAUACAGGUUAUCGAUAU